AUGUGCGCUAACCAAAUAAACAGCCCGGUGAAGCAGGUGGAAGAGGCACCCAGUGAGGUCCCAAAGAAGAUGACAUUAAAAGACAGAAUGAAAUUCUUCGAAGAUGAAAUAAAAAAGGACAAAGAGACUGCACCAAAAGAAAACAAGAAGUUCUCUUUCCUGAGCCAGGAUGAGGUCGCCAAGAUGAAAGAGGAUGAAGAUCGUCGUGUAGCAAGCAUGACAGCCGACCAGCUUGCCAACCUCUCUCGCCUGGAUGAUGUGGAAGAAAUGGCUGAUGACUUAGCACACCAAUUUGGUGUCACCAGCGAUUACGAUCAUCGGAAGUACAAUGAACACGACAUUAUUCAAGGACUCAAGGAAGUUGGAGACGACAAUGCUUUAAGACCGAACAGUGAGGUAGGAGUCAUCAGGACAGCGAAAGCGGAGAGACGAGCCCAGGCCCGAGAGGGUCAUCAUAACAAUGAAGAGGAUCAGUUGUCUCCAGCUGACAAACGAAGAGCUGAGGCUGAAAAAAGAGCUGCAUGGAGGCAAGCUCGACUCAAGAGCCUUGAAAAUGAUGCAUUGCAAGCUCAGUAUGUAAUAGAGAAGUACAGUGAAUUAUCUGAUACAGCAAAUGAUAACACUAAUAAUGACAACUCAAUUAAUAACUUCAACAACACGGACCAAGAGAAUAACAUGCCCAGUGUGGGUCGCAAGUGGUCCAAACUGAUAGUGGUCACCAAGCCAAGUGAGAAGACCAUAGCUGAGAGAGACCGCGUCGUAUCUGAGAAAGUUUCGCGCAAGAACUGUAACCCAUUGUCGACCACGGAAACUGGCGUAUUGUGAGCGUGCA